UGAGUCACGUGUUUCCGUGUUCACGGUGAGCUGCGGCGCAGGUGCGUUUGCGUUCAAACUCGCGCUGGAUCUCACGCGACCAUGUUGUUUACGCACCUUCAGCUUCUAUGGUUGAUCUUCGUCAUCCUCGUCUUCAUCCUGCAGGUUGAUGGAAAGUUUCCAAACUGUCAGUUUCACUGGGAGAUUCAGAGAGCAGAGAGAGAGUGUUACACACUUCUGCAACUACACACUACUGACACCAGCACAGGAUGUCGUGGCGAGUGGGACAGGGUCACAUGUUGGCAGAAUGCGGUGGUCGGCGAGGUCAUGACCCUCCCCUGCCCCUCCCCCCUUCUACAGGUUUUUGGAAAGAACGGUAACCUGAGCAGGAACUGCACAGAGAGUGGUUGGUCGGACGUUUACCCGGUCAUCACGGUCGCCUGUGGCUCCAACAACACGGACGAACCCAGCGAGCUGGUUUUCUACAGGAUGGUGAGGAUUCUGUCCACACUGGGUCACAGUCUGUCCUUCAUCACUCUGCUCACCAGCACCAUCAUCAUCUGUUUGUUCAGGAGGCUCCACUGCAUGAGGAACUACAUCCAUCUGAACUUGUUUGUGUCAUUCAUGCUGCGCGCCAUGGCCGUGCUCGCCAAAGACGCCCUACUCUUCUCAGACGACGAGAACACGGACUGCAGCACGCAGCCUUCACUGGUGGGUUGUAAAGCCAGCCUCGUGUUCUUCAACUACUUCAUCAUGGCAAACUUCUUCUGGCUGCUGGUGGAGGGUCUGUACCUGCACACGCUGCUGUUCGUCAUCCGCACCUGGUCCACGCCGCUCUCCGUCUACGUGUUCAUCGGCUGGGGAAUCCCUCUGGUCUUCAUGGUUGCAUGGAUCGUCUGUAGAAUAAACCUGGAGGACACGAGAUGUUGGGAGAUGAACGAAAACCCCAUCCCCAACAGACUCAUCAACUGGCCCAUCAUGGCGUCUGUCAUCAUAAACUUCAUUCUCUUCGUCAGCAUCAUUCGCAUUCUGGUGCAGAAGCUGCGCUGCACUGACGUUGGAGGAAACGAGAAAUCGCAGUACAGACGCCUGGCAAAGUCGACCCUCCUGCUCAUCCCCCUGUUUGGCGUGAACUACAUGGUGUUUGUUUACCUCACUGAGCCUCAGGACAAAAACAUGAACCGCAUCAAGAUCUUCUUUGAUCUCGGCCUCGGGUCCUUCCAGGGUCUCAUCGUCGCCGUCUUGUACUGUUUCCUCAACAGCGAGGUCCAGAGCGAGCUGAGGAGGACAUGGAGGGGUUUGUCCAUCACGUCCUGUGUGGGGCGGGGCCACAUGUGGCGUGCUCCGUCAGGCGGCCGGAACGGCACCGAAAACUUGGCCCAGUUUCCCAGAAACUCCCGUGCUCAGUCCAUCCUGCAGACGGAGACCACCGUGCUCUGACCAGACACCCGGACACUUCUGCCUCUCCUGGAGUCCUUCAAUCCAUAAACUCGUGAGAUCUUUGUUAGAUCAUUAGAGACAUGUGUGAAAGGAGGACAGACGGGAGGACGAGCUGGACACGGACCUGUGUCACUGCACCAGCUCAACAAAGACAGUUAUAUAAACAUUUAUACAGGUACAUUUAAAUGUUUUUUUAAA